UAAGUCGGAUGGGGCGGACACAUCGUCAAAAUUUUUGUCCAGGUUGCUGUGCAUGGGCAACUGACGAGGCCAAUAUGAUGCGAACCCGAGCGACGCCGCACUACAUACUUUCGACGCUUCUCGCAAGGAGUAGGAGAGGACAACAAAGUGAGAGAGAGAGAGAGAGAGAUGAAGAUGAAUUUCGCAUGUGCGAUUCUCGAGGCAUCUUGGCGAUAAAAGAGGAAGAAAAACAAGAAUAACGAUGGAUAUCACGAGGCGCUCGACGUCGAGAACAUAUUGGUUUCUUUGUACAAGCUGAAAGCACAAUCGCAUUCGCAAGAUAGACUUGAUGAGCAGCUACUUCUACCUCUAGCUAUCUCUGCUCUGCAAUGGAAAAAAAAAACUAAGGGAGGAAAAGGCGCACCGAAUUCAUAUUUUCAGUUUCCUGGUGCAGCUUCAGCUGACCCUGAAGAGCAGUUUUGCUGACCGAUAGAAUCCAGCACCUGCACCUUCCAAGAAGAAAUAAGGAACCAACAGAGAUCAUGAAGACCAAAACCGGCGUUUUUACCCCCGGUUGGAUUCUCGCGCCGGUAGUCAAGCUAUGGAACGCGUUUCUGUCUUUUCUUGGAAAGCUUCUGGAGCUCGCUCUUUUUGUCAUCAAGCACCUGAUUCAGCUCGCCUGGAAUGUGGCCUGUUUUCUCUGGGUCCACAAGAACUUGUUCCUUUACGCGGCGCUCUUCUAUUUGAUCUACACCGGGCUGCUCCUCCUUUGGAAUCGGCGCGAGCGCGUGUACAUCGCGAUUCGGGUGCGCAUCCGCAAGACCCAGGCGUAUUUUCGCAAGCAUCCCAACCACAGGUACCUGUUCUAUGCCUAUGUCUUCGCCUGGAUUUAUUGGUGGCUGUUCGUUUCUUGGUACGUCCGGACCUGCGAUCCGAACCUCCUCUGGAACGCCGGCGUGACCAGAAAACCGUACGAGCUGUACCUGCAUCUGGACCACUACUUCGACAACAAUCUGUUGCACAACCCCUACCUGUCCGACCUGGAUAAUCUCGAGACGGCGAAAGCCAAACGCGAUAGCUUUUCCCUGUUUGGAACCAGCGCCAGCGGGGGUUCCUCUGACGGCUCCAGUCCGACUGUCACACAGAUUCUUGUGGACGGCGGCAUUGUGGUGUGUAAACAACGAACCAGCAGUGUGGGAGUGGGAAAGGGAAACAUUUUACCUGGCGGUGGCGGUGGGACAGCUAGCAGUAAUACUUCUCCCAGUCAGAACAAGAAGGAGGAAGACGGUGAAACCACUACGACGACCUCGACAACAUCAACGACGACAACAGCUACAGAUGCGGAAGCUGCGGAAUCAUCCAGCAAAAACCAGGAGGCUAGCGAUAAGGAAAACGAAGACGAGAAAAAAGAGGAGGACAAAGCAGAGGCAUCCGAAGAUGCUGUGGCGUCAAGCAGUGGUGAUGACGAGGAAAAAAAAGACGAAUCAGACUCCGAAGACAAAAAAGGCGAUGAGGAAAAAAAGUCAGAAGAUGAAAAGCCCGCUGAAGUAGGAGUAGAAGAUGCUGAAAAGAAAGACGAGGAAUCCUCUGCUGCUUCCGAUGACGCCGAGAAGAAAGAAGAAAACACGACGGCGAGCGAAGAGAAAAAAGAGGACGAGCCUGCAGUGGCAGAAACUGAAUCGAAAGAAGAAUCUAAUGAAGGGCCGGCUGCUGCCGAUGGCGACAAGCCGGCUGCUGAAGAAGGUGCAGCUGCAACAAGUGCGCUGGAAGUGCAUGUCCACCGAGUGAAGAAACGCCGCCUGCUUCGGCGGGAAAAGAAAACGCAUGAGCACGAGCUCCAGCAUGCCCCAUCAAACGUCGUGUCCGCCAGCUCUCUCCCGUUUUGCGACGAAGUGCCGGGCGCGCGAGCCUCACUUGACCUUGACGGAGAACAGUCCGCGUUCCUGCAGGUGAAUGCCGCGGAGCCCAGCGCCGCCGCGCGCGCGGAGAGCCUGGCUCUCGAGAAGCAGCUGGCGACGGAAUACGAAAACGAGGUGGCGAAGAUGAAGCAGUUGAUGGAAGACACGAUGAAAAUAUCCAGGAAAAAACACCCAUCCCCAUCCAAUUUGUCAUGCAAAACGUGCAUAAAUUCCACUAUUUGUCAUGCAGAAAAUGGAUGGGGAUGGGUGUCUUUUCCUGGAUAGAAAAACCUCGAUGAGACGGCGAAGAAAAAACUGAAAAGGCAAACCGACAACGUGCAGGGCGAACUGGAUCUGGAGCUCGCGCGCGCCAAGCUGCAGCAGGAGAAGCUGAAGGCCCUGGACCACCCUGGCAUGGGGUCGAUCACGGAGAACACCCUGGAGCGGCUGCGCACCGAGCGCGAGACCGCGCGCGGACAGGUGAAGAAGACACUGACCACCAUCGAGCGCAUCAAGGCCGACGCCCGGCUGGAAAACGCGAAGGCCCAGGAAGUGCUGCGCGACGCGGACAAAACCUUGCAGAAGGCCGUGGUGGGAUCGCAGAAAAUGGGCGAAGAGCUCGCGAAGGACUCCGAGGAGGAAAAGACAAGGCACGCCGCCGAAAUGGCGCGGCAGAAGGUGUCCCUGGAAAGCAUGGACGCCGCGCAAGACCGGCAGCGUCUGGCGCUGGACGCGAAGGCGGAGGUGGCGAAGCAGGCGGCCGACCUCGCGUCGGAUGUGAGAAAGCAAGCCGCGGACAAGAUCGCCGUGGACCUGGACAAUUUACAGGACGACUCCGUCGGCGUGCAGAAGGGCCUGGAGGACGUGACCGCGAAGGCGGCCGAGGUGGACCAGCGGGCAAAGCAGAUUGCGGAAGAGGAGAAGCGGGAAAAAUCGAACGAGGCGGAAGAGAACGAAAAGAUCUUGAAGCAGGACAAGGACCUCGUGAGCGCGGCGAAACAGCAGGAGGAGGACGCGCAAAAGAAGGUGGAAGAGGUAGAAAACCAGUUCGAGAAAACCGACGCGGAGCGCAAGAUGAACGCCGCCGCGGCCAUCGCGAGCUUGAUAUCCACAGUAAAUCUCCCGUACUACACGUGGAAAUCGGAAUGCGGUCUCCGCAUGACAAAACUUGGUUUUGACCCUCGACGUUUAGCAUGACCUACUCCAAAUUGCUGAAAUUUGUGAUGCAACUUGUACAUGUAGUACGGGAAAAUUGUAUUGCAUAUUUGACACAGGAAAUCAACAAGCUGAAAGCGGAGAUCAAAUUGCAGUCGAGCGGCACGCGCGCCUACGCGGAGGCGCAGGAGAACCUGAGCAAGCUGGAGGCCGAGCGGGCCGCCGAGCACGAAAGGUCGCGCAGUGUGGACCUGGACGCGCAGGCGCUGGCGUUGCGGGCGGAAGCGGAUCAGCUCCGACAGGUGCGGGACAAGCUGCUGGCGGACGAUGCGGACCGCGCCCAGGCCUUGCAGCGGCGCAGCUCCGAGAGGGCGCUCGAGAAGGUGAACCGCGACGUGGAAAUUCGAGCCGAGGAAAUGGAGAAAGUGCACGACGCCAAGGAAUCCGCCGAGGAGGCGGAGGAAAAUAUCAAACGCCGGCAAGAGGUCGUGGAGCAGGAGAUCGCGGAAAAGGGCAAGGCGGACGACGCGAAAUUCGAGAAGGAGCGCAUCGAGGCCCAGGCGCGCGACGAGUACCUGAAGAAAACCGAAAAGCAGGUGUUGGCCGCGGAAGCCAGCGAUGGCGGCGAAGCAGCAGCCAAGGUCGCAGGGGAGGGAGCACAGAUAAAUGAAAAUGCGCCAGAAGCAUUGCCAGCAGCAAGCAAUGGGAAUACGAAUUCCGAAGAGGAGCAGGCGAAAAAAGACACAGAGGAGAAGGAGAAGUUGGAAAAGGAGAAAAAGCAAGAGGCUGAAAAGGCUGCAAAAGAAAAAAAGGAGGACGACUAUCAAAAUGCAAAAGACGAAAAGGAGCAGGCGGAGAAGGAAGAAAAACAAAGGAAAGAAGAGGAGGAGAAGAAGGCAAGAGAGCAAAAGGAAGCUGAUAGCCACGGCGAAACGCUGGGAAAACUGAAUGACAGUGUGAAGGACGUAGAGCGGGUUUUGGAGGAUAUGAAGUUUCGGCUUGCCGAGCUGAACUCCAAGUCCGACGCAGAGAAGCAGCAAUUGAACCUGGCCGCAGCCCAGCCGGUACUCACAGACGAAUGCACAUCUUCGUCGGUUUGGAGCUUAUCUCGACAUUUUGUAGUGUUUCUAUCGAGUUUACUUCUGCUCGCGAUACUAAUCGUGUCUGUGACGGCCGCGGUCACGGCACUGCGACUGGGGCUUCCGAAACAAGAUUUGGAGCGCCUCCUUCCCAUGGCAACUGCGAACCCAAACUCGAUCAACAGUACCUUCAUGCUUGCACAGGCACGAGAUCAAGGACACCUCCACGACGAACAGGGCGAACAUGUCGGACCGUAGGCAGGUCGAUUUCCACGCGGGCAGUGUAGGCAACGACAUUGCUUUUGCUGGGCAUCGAAAGGACGGAGCCGGCGCGUUUUAAUAAGAAAUGAACAUCUUUCUUGGUCGAGAACUUCCCAGUAUAGAUACUAUUCUUUUCCCUGUAAAAUGUACUGUAGUACAGCUGGACAGUCGACGAAGUUGUAGGUGAGACGACGAUGAAUGUAUGUAAAAAACCAGCAGGAGACGUGCUCCUUCUCCUUGUGAGCAAAUUCUCUUUCGAAAAAGGUAUGGAUCUCUCAGCUUUACCAUGAUGUUGAUGUCGGACUUGUAAUAUGUAGGUGAGAUCCAUCGAUAACGACCCCAAAUCCAAUAAAAGCGAUGCAGAAUAACAAUAAGAAUCCUUUGCCCAGUAGGACUGUGAAAAGCACGGAACGACUCCGCGUCCGUGGUGUACAUGGGCAUGCAUCCGCCUCGCUGGUGUCACAGAGUGGAGUGUGUAAGCAGCAGUAAGUAUCCAUUGCUGCAAAAGCAAUGGAGCCCAGCGAUGUUUCUAGUUGUGCCGAUGUGACGAGAGCAUGCAAGUCGCUGCCGAACGAUCAUCAGUAGCCAUAGCCUCGUCGCCGUAAAAGAUCUUGUUUCACGUACUCAUUCGUUCUUGUAUUCAGUAAGCAUCACGGGCACAGGAAGAUGAGGAUCACCAUAAUUUUCUUGUUGCUGUAGCUAGUACCAUCGCGCACACAGUGCAACUUCGUUGUGCUCCUGAAUUCAGGAAAACGAAAAUAAAUUGAACUUUAC